CAAAUAAUUUGAGCAUGUAGUGACAAGGGAUUAGUCGGAGGUUUUAAGAUGGUGGUGUCAUGGUAAAAGACAAGUCAAGUAAAAAGAAAGGGGGUGGCAUCUCGAUCGGGGCACCCACUGGUGCCCCGCAACCUGCUGCUACUGCCGGGUCAGAUGGGGCACUUGAUGAGAGGGUGCAAAACAUGAACCCUGACGAGUUAAAAGUCGAGUUGGAGCGCAUGAUGGACGACAUGAAUCUAGGGGAGGGCAAGAGGGUUCCUAUCAGGAGGUUGGACGAGUUCAUGCUGAAGCAGAUGUUAGCUACUCACUUUCGGCGGAUUGAAGAAGCUAAAAACGUCCCUGAUAGCGAUCUUCCAGAUGGUCCCAAAAGGGGCACACCAGAGUUUUUCAUCCAAGAGCUUCGUAAAGAGGUGCUAGAAGGUGAUUCAAGUUUGAAGACUUUAGAAGCAUUGAGAGUGAGUCUGCAGAGCAACACCAUACCUUGGCUCAAAUCUUUCGGUGCUGAAGGAGGUCUGGGACUGCUCCUUAACUUACUCCAGAAGAGUCAAGACAGAGAAUUUGGUGACGUUACCCACGAAUGUGUAAAAUGCCUCAAAGUCUUCAUGAACAACAAAUACGGGUUGAUGGCUAUGAUGGAUAAUACCAGUGGUAUGGUGCUCCUCACAAAGUGCCUCGACCCACGAAAUACCACGAUGAUGACCGAGGUCGUCAAAAUCCUCGCCGCUAUGAGUAUCGUCAAUGAGAAAGCGCAUCAGACGGUUUUAGAAGCGUUGACCAGUUUCGGGGAACUGAUCCAGCAGCCUAGGUUCCAGGUUCUAAUGGACAAAUUAAAAGGAAAAGACGAACCUCCCCAAUUAACCAACGCAAUUAUUACGUUUGUCAAUGCUCUGACGACAUUCCCCAACGAGGUGGACUUCAGGAUGCACUUGCGGAAUGAGUUCAUGAACUGUGGCUUGAGAGAAGUCCUACCAGAUCUGCAGAAUUUAAACAGAAGUGUGUCUGAUGAUGAGUUAACGUUACAAAUCAGUGUACUUGAAAAUAACAGAGAUGACGACUUCAACGAGCUCACUCAAAAGUUGGGAGACAUACAGGCGGAGUUUGAAGAUCCCCUCGAAGUGUUCCACAUCGUGAUGAACCAAUCGAAAAACACCGAAGUGGAACACACUUUAUUAUCGAUACUUCAACAUUUCCUUUUAAUACGAGACGACCCCGAAGCGAAACCUCAGUAUUUCCGACUGAUAGAAGAUGUUGUCAGUCAAAUAGUUUUACAGAAAGGUGGAGUCGAUCCGGAUUUUAAAUGCAGGCAUUUAGAGGAGGUUGAUGUCGAACGACUUAUAGAUCAACUAAUCGACGAACAAAGGUUGAAAGACCUCGAAAAGAAAAAUCUUGACCUAGAAGAGUCAUUAGCUAUCAGACAACGGGAAUUAGAAGAAUCAGAAGCAAAGCACUCCAAAGCAUUCGUCGAUUAUCAAGCUAAGAUCUCCAAAUUCGAAGAGGAGAAGAAACGUCUCAUGGAAGAGAAAGACAGAGCUGUUGCCGAGGCAGCAGCAGCCCCACGAGCCCCCGGUGCACCGGCAGCCCCAGGUGCCCCAAAGGCGCCUCCUGCCCCACCAGUUCCCGGAGCACCUCCAGCUCCGCCUGCACCCCGUGCUCCCCCCGCACCCGGCGCACCACCCGCACCUCCAGCUCCUCCAGUGCCAGGCGCACCUCCAGCACCCAGAGCACCUCCAGCACCUGGUGCACCACCAGCGCCACCAGCACCUGGAGCCCCUCCAGCACCUAGACCGCCCGGAGCGCCACCUGCUCCUCGAGCACCCGGCGCUCCUCCAGCACCCCGAGCACCUGGAGCUCCUCCCGCACCAGGCGCUCCGCGAGCCCCUGGUGCUCCUCGAGCCCCUGGUGCUCCUCCCGCUCCUGGUGCUCCUCGUGCACCUGCUGGCCGUGCGCCGGCAAGGCGAGGUCCUCAACUUCCGGACGGUGUUAUAAAGAAGAAAACUUACACUGGCGUCUCAACGAAGAAGCUUAAUUGGCAAUCGAUCCCCGUCAAAAACAUUCAGAAAACCACAUUUUGGGCAAAAACCAAGGAAAUGGAAAUGGAGAGCCAAGAUUUGCUCGACAGUUUGGCGCAAGAGUUCGCUGCUAAAACUGCUAAAGAAACUGGUCCAGCAUUGAACGUUGCGAAGAAGAAGGUAAAGGAGUUGAAGGUGAUUGAUCCUAAGGCUUCACAAAACUUUGGUAUUCUUUUGAAUUCCUCCUUGAAGGGCCUUACCUUUGAUGAACUCAGGAUACUUAUCUUAAAAUGUGAUGACAGCUCGCUCAGUCCUUCUGUGAUGGAGUCCUUGCUACGAUUCUUGCCUUCUGGAGAGGACAUGGCGUCCCUCCGGCUUCUAAAGGAUGAAUAUGAGGAGCUCUGUACCGCUGAGCAGUUUGCUUUCAUGUUGAGUAAUAUCCCACGAAUUGAACCACGGUUACAAGCAAUGGUGUUCAAGAAAAAGUUCUUUGAGGAAGCCAAAGAAAUCAAGCCAGAUUUAACGUAUGUGAUAGCUGCAUGCGAGGAACUGAAAACCUCCGAGAAAUUCGGAAAAUGUCUCGAGUUGAUUCUCCUUAUCGGUAACUACAUGAACAGUGGAUCAAGGAACGCCGAGUCGUAUGGUUUUAAGCUCAACUUCCUAACCAAGUUGCAAAACACGAAAGCCCACGACAACAGAUCGAACAUGUUACAUUUCCUGGCUAAUCUUCUGGAGACUCGAUAUCCACAAUGGGUGAACUUCAGAGACGAUUUGAGAAAUCUGGAGAAAGCAAGGCGUGUGAGCGACGAUCAACUGUCCAAGCAGCUCCGAGGAAUGAAGAAGUCCCUGAACAAUUUAAAGAAGGAACUUGAAUUCCAUAAAAACCCUGAAAGCAUCGACGAUCGAUUUGGUACGGAAAUGAACGCCUUCCUGGAGUACGCCAACGAUGAGUACGAGAAACUUGAAGCCACGUACACCAACAUGGGCAAGUGUACGGCCGAAAUCAUCGGAUUCUACGGUGAGGACCCUAAAAAGACAAACGCAGAGGAGUUCUUCAGCGACAUCGUGACUUUCUGCAACGACUUCGAGACGGCUCGAGUAGAAACCGCCAAAAUGAAGGAGGCUAAGAAACGAGAAGAGAAACAAAAGGAGCUAAAGGAGAAAGAGAAAAGGAGGAAGGAACAGAAAGAAAAAGAAAGGAAAGAUUUCAUUAUCGACCAGCAAGGCGAAGGGGAAGGCGUGUUGGAUGAUCUCAUGGACGCCCUUAAAACUGGGCAAGCCUACAACCGCGACAACAGACGCCAAAAACCGCGCCAAAAUCGCGGCAAGUCUGCGCCAGAAAAGCGACCUAAAAGGCCCGAACAGAAUCGCGACAGAUCGUCAGCAGAUCCCUUAGGAGAAGGCGGAAAGAACCGGAACUUAUCAAGGGGGCGAAGUCAGACGGGGAACUCACAGUCACCCAGAAACAAGAGUAACUCGGAUAACCAGGACGCUUUGGAUUCUAUUCUCAACGAUUCCCGUGCCCCGACUACGCGGUCUGGAAGACAGCGGACAAACACGCGGGGUGAAUCCAAAGCUUCUGAGGCGCUUCAGAGGGUCAGAGCUCUUUGAUUCCGUCUAUUUUAGAUGUGAAAAGUCAGGCAGAUACAUUACUGCUUCACAGUUAUCAGCCCGCAACCUCUCUCUCUCACUGGAAUACGCGUAGUAGUAGACCCUAUAUCUCUAUCUCCGUAGUAGUGUACUACUGGGCAAUCAGACGUCACUAGAUACCCCCCACGUCACCUGUCAUAAUCUUCAUUUUGUUUACUUGAAAAAAAAAACAACGACUUUUUGCGAACUUAUGUUACGUAGUAGCUCCGUGAUUUGAAGAUACUUUCUUUAAUCUGAGUACACUUUACUUUAAAUGUAGUAACCGUAGAAAUAAUGGAUAGAUAUGUAGGUUGAUUCGAUGAACUUGAUAUAGCUCUCACCAUUUUAUAUUCCAAUUAAUAUAAGGUUGGACAGUUUCGUGCAGUGAUUUCGUGUGUUUUGGAGAACGUUUUAAACUGUCUCUGCGCCAAUUUAUCCGACCAAUAAAGUGGUAUCUUAACUUUACCUUGCAGGACGUAUUUUUCUUAUAGGUAUCCAGAUUGUUUCCUUUAAACAUUUUACGUCAUAAAACUUACGAUAGUUUAAAUGUUAACGACUAUACUAAUAACAAUAAUAACAUGGACUAUUCAUACAACAUAUACUAGAUUGUUCGAAUGUUGGUGACUAUUAGCAGGCUUAUAUUCAAAGCCCUAUCUUGAGCCAUUAUCGGUGUCAAUGGAUGCGGAGAAUAAUCGCAAUAAGUUUAGUUAUUUUUAUGGAUAUACAAUACAUUAAAUGGAUACUAUGCCGACUUUAGUGUUGGCCAAUUAUGUUCAGGAUUUAGUCGUGCCAAUAAACUAUGUGUAUUUGAGCCAUCCGGUGUUGAUUAUUUUAGGUACAAUUUUUCCGGAUAACUAAUUUGGUUAGAUUAUUUCAUGGGACAGAAAGUUAGAAUCGUUACAAGUGGUAAACUUAAGAUGGGUUAUUGUUAACGUAUAAAUUUGUUAACAUUUAUUAACUUGAAACUAGUUCCGUGGUGGUUGUGGGAUAUUUGGGGCGCGAUUUACUCUCUAAGAUAAUCUUGAAUUUGAUAGAAUUAACGUUUUGAACAGUGUAGGUUAACUUUAUUUAAUACAUUUACUAUGCAGGCAGACAGAAAUUACUCGUUUAAUUUGCGGGAAAAUUGUUACUAACACUGUUGAACUUUAGUGAUGAUUCGGUUCUUGGGUCAGUUCGGUUGGCUCCACGUGUUACACGUUAACUUGUUGGAGCCGCGCAACUGAACCGAAUCUAGAACUACUCUAAAGUUCAACAGCGUUAUGAAAACAAAACGAGCUCUUAAAACAUUUGAAACAUUAAUGUCAAAGUAAGAGGGGUCUCUUGAGUGUCAUUCAUACGUCCGUGCUUUGAAGAAUGAAUUUGUUUGAAUAUAAAGUAGAAAUGAAAUUAUUUGAUUGUUAAAUAUAAAAUGAUUUAAGCGAUCUGUAAAACUCUUGACAUUGCCUUUCAAAUUGUGGAAAAUCGAUUUAUUUUUAGUAUUUCAUUUUUGUCAGUGUAAAUGCAUUUAGUUUUCAAUAUAUAAUGAUAUAUAUAUGUGUUUGGCAUUUGCAAACGUUGGAUCCAUGUCGCGUCCCCUUAAAUAAUAAAUAUAAACUAAAUUUUUAUGAUUUUUAUGUUUCUUAUUGUACUGUAACCACUGAUUUGCAACUCAUCCAUCUUACGAAUCGCACAUUCGAA